AUGGAGGAGCUCACGGUGCGGAUUUUCUUCGGCGUGGACUGCCUGGAGGUCACCUUCAAGCGCAUGGAGGAUGCCGCUGCCUUCUUCGACGCCGCGGCGGAGCGCUACUCGAAGGAGAACAAGUCCCAGGCGCCUCACAAAGCCGCGCAAGCUGCGCCCGCGCCAGAGAAGGCAGCGACGCCCACCCCGGUGAGGCGGAAGCGCGAGUUCGAUGACGACGGCUUCCUGUCCACCGCUGCGCACGGCCGCUUUGAAACCCACUCGGUGAUGCCCCAGGAGAAGAGGGCACGGACAAAUGCGGUGAUGCGGCCGUUGCAGCGUGCGCCCCCGCCCCGCUCCUCCGCGCUGCAGCGGCGGCCCUCCAACCCCCCGCAGGACUCCUCCAUGUACCGUGGCUACCGCGACCGGUCCUCCUUGGCCUUGGGCUCCUUCGGAUUGCAGAACCUGGGAAACACCUGCUACCUGAACGCUGUGACUCAGGCCAUCAGCGCGCUGCGGGAGUUCGUGACGGACCUGAGAGACAUGCCGCGGCGGAUCUGUGCCGGAAAGCUCUUCAAGUGCACCGUCGACAUUCUGGACAAGAUGCAGGAUACUUCCCUCUUGGCGCCGCUGAGCCCGGCCAAGCUUCGCGAGCAGAUCGCAGUGGCUGCGCCGAUGUUCCGCGGCUCGGGGCAGCAGGACGCCCAUGAGUUCUUCCUGGAGUACAUGAACCAGCUUCACGACGAGCUGUUGAGCGGCCUCAAGGCCACAGAACCCAUGGAGGGCGAGGAGCCGCUGCUGGCGACGCAGAGCCAUUUCGAUGCGGAGGUGCAGAAGAAUUUGCGGUGCAUUGAGUGUGGCCACUCCCGGCAAGUCCUGGAGCGCUUCAGGGACUUCUCCCUGGACUUUGGCGGAGACGCGCCGGAGCAGUUGCAGGAGAUGCUGCGGAGGUACUUCCAGCCCGAGAUCCUCGAGGCCAAGUGCGAGCAUUGCAGCGCGGAGACGGCCAAUGUGGACCUGAGCCUCACAGAGUUCCCGAAGGUCAUGGUGCUGCACCUGAAACGCUUUGUGCCCAACAUGGAGAAGCAGAUCUACGAGAAGCAGCACCAAGCGGUGCGCAUCCCUUCCACGUUGGACCUGGGCCUCGCGUGCGCCUCCCCUCGCCCGCCUGCGCGGCCUCUGGCGGCAGAGUCGCCCAGCCGCGUGAGCCCCGGGUCGCCCGCCGGGCCCAGCUAUCGGCUCCGCGCGGUGGUGGCCCACGACGGGCCGUCGCCGAGGGCGGGGCACUAUGUGUGCUACUCCUGCUCCGCCACCGGCGAGUGGUCUUUGUACGACGACUCCCGGGUCAAGCGGCUUCCGGUGGGCGAGGAGCCCUGGAGCGAGGUGGGCAUCAAGGCGUAUAUGCUGUUUUAUGUGUUGUGCAAGGACGAGAGUGACCUUGCGAGCUGA